AUGGAAGCACUUCAAAAAGCUAAAAAGUCGACGCUAACAAUAGGCGUUAAUUCAAUACCACUAGCAAGCCGCCAAACUAGUAACUGUGGGGCGACAAUACUUCACAAAUUCUAUGUCCUGUGUGUUGACGCAGCGCUCGCACAGUUCGACAUAAAUGCCAGUACAGGAUCGUAUGUCAUCGCUAUCGUGCACAUUUUUGUGUCCUCGGCUGCACUUUCGUGGGUUGUGAGGACCUUGGAAGCAGGCGAGAGGUCCCGGACGGAAGCCAGCUUCGAAUUAGCUCUGGUGUCUCUUGAACUGCUGGCAUCGCUAGCGCUUUUUGUUGGCUUGAAAUGUGAGAGCCAGCGUGUGAUCACCGGAUAUAUCACUGCCCAAGUAGGUGUCAUAAGCCUUCUCUUUAUUCUUUUCCUGGCCUUGAUAAUGGGCUUCAAAACAGGGAUUUUGGAUGAUCCUGACCAUAACGGCUACAAAACACUCGAAGAGGAGAUGUUGAUUGUCGUUGAAAUACUCUCUUCUCUUGCUGUCGUUGGUCUGGAAGUUUGGUUUUUGACUGUGGUUUUAAAAUCUUAUCGACAAAUUAUUCAUAAGAGGCAUUAUAUGGGUGUUGAAAGAGAAGAACAUUUGUAA